AUGAAGCGCUCCAUACAUACACUCGAACAGCUGCAACUGCGCUUAAGAAGUGACGCGGCGACCACCGGCGGCGGCAGCGGCCGCACUGGGACCACCGUUGAGCAGCGCCGUACCGCUGAGGCAGCCAAGCAGAAGCGAUUGGCAACGCUGACCCCAUACAAGCAGGCAGAGUACCGCUGCGUCGAAUGUGUUGCAGAGCUGCGGCAGGCGUUGCGCGACGUGGAGGAGUUUGAGGCUGCGUUGGGGCGCCGAACCAGCGCCGGCGUCGGUCGAUCGAGAGAAGCGGAAGAGACAGGAGACGCCGUGGACGCGGACGAUGACGAGAGCAUGAGGCUGCUCCGCCGACAGGAAGGGCGCCAAGGGUCGUCAAGCUCCACUGAAACCGCUCUGCUAGAGCAGGAGCUCGCUCGUAGCCGGCAGCAGGCAAGGCGUGCUCAUCAGCGCCUUCAGCAGCUGCAGCGUGAAGCCGCGCGACUCGCCUCCAGGGCGGCUGCCAAGGCGCCCGCAGUUACGUCCUCCGCUGCCGUUGCAUCUGUCGGCGACGCCUCGGCUCCCUCAGCAGCACUGGAGGCGCUUGAGUGGCAACGGGCACUGCCGCACGUCGAGCGGGCCAAAGGGUGGUACCGUGGCGUGUUUGGGAUAAGGGUGGUCUCGUCUCUCGACGAUCCGGUGCUGCAGCUGAACAGACCCGCACAGCCGCAGCAGUCGGCUGGCAGCAUGGCGCACUUCGGCAGAGGCGCCAAUGCCGUUCCGUCGUGUGUGACCGCUGCCGCAGAGGGCUCCUCCUCUCCCUCCGCACAGGCGCGGGGCAGUGAGGCGCGCGCAGACGGCGCCGCGACGGCAUCGCCGCUACUGAUGCUCGAAAGCGCCCGCGAGGAUGCGGAGUUUCGCGAGUUCUUUGCCUCGGUGCAGGCCAACGACGAGCUUAUCGACGCGGCCAUGGAUCGCAUCAGCGACGGCGUUCACCGACUCCUGGAGAACGCGCGUGGCAUACAGGACGAGUUGGUGGUGCAGGAGGCGCUGCUGCAGCAGACAGAGGCCUCUGCGGAGGCGGCCGAGGCGCAGCUCACGCAGAUGAGCCGCCGCCUCAGCCGUGCCAUCCGCGAGCUGGAAGAUUCGUCGAUCUGCAUGUAUGUCGUGUGCCUGCUCGUGCUGCUACUCGUCCUUGGGUUGCUGUUGCGCGUUGCGAGCUGA